CACAGACAAACUUGGCAGCGAGCGGAUGAACUGGUUGGAUCUUUGUUCUUCACAGCCUCAGCCCUCAACCACUUUAUAGUUUUUAAGUAUCGUUACUUAUAUGUCUCACAUUUAUAGCAAGAUUAUAUAAAAUACUCCUUCCCUGGGCACGCAGCUUCAGCACGGGAAUAUACUUUUUGAGCUAGCAUAUUUUCCUAGUGUUUUUAGUUCAUUUUCCCCCCACCGACGAGGUUUUAUUGGACCAAGAUAGGCGGCGCGGGCACCAAGAUGUCGAACCGGAUGGUGUGCAGAGAAGCGAGCCACGCCGGCAGCUGGUACACGGCCUCAGGAUCCCAGCUUAACGCACAACUUGAGGGCUGGUUAUCUCAAGCACAAUCUACAGCUGGUCCAGCUAGAGCCAUUAUAGCACCGCACGCUGGCUACACUUACUGCGGCGCGUGUGCUGCCUACGCCUACAAGCAGGUGGACCCCUCCAUCACUCGGAGGGUGUUCAUACUUGGCCCCUCUCACCAUGUGCCACUGUCUCGCUGUGCCCUCUCCCCCGCCGAGGUCUACAGAACGCCACUGUACGACCUGAGGAUCGACCAGAAGGUUUAUGCUGAUCUGUGGAAAACAGGCAUGUUUGAGAGGAUGAGUCUGCAGACAGAUGAAGACGAACACAGCAUUGAAAUGCACCUGCCUUAUACCGCUAAAGCCAUGGAGAGCCAUAAAGAUGAGUUCAGCAUCGUCCCUGUGCUGGUGGGAGCUCUGAGUGAAUCUAAAGAGCAGGAGUAUGGCAAGCUGCUUAGCAAAUACCUGGCUGACCCUUCUAAUCUUUUCAUCAUCUCCUCUGACUUCUGCCACUGGGGUCAACGUUUCCGUUACACCUACUACGAUGAAAGUCAAGGAGAGAUCUACAGAUCUAUCGAGCACCUUGACAAAAUGGGAAUGGGAAUUAUAGAACAGUUGGACCCCAUCUCCUUUAGCAAUUAUUUGAAGAAAUAUCAUAAUACUAUUUGUGGUCGCCAUCCCAUCGGCGUUCUUCUAAAUGCCGUGGCGGAACUGAAAAAGAAUGGUAUAGACAUGAACUUCUCUUUCCUAAACUAUGCGCAGUCAAGCCAGUGCCGAAACUGGUCGGACAGCUCUGUGAGUUAUGCUGCUGGAGCUCUCGUCGUUCAUUGAGGUGAACUUUCCCAGGAGCCGCGGAGCCUCCUAGAAGACCCCAGCCCCUCCCACCCGUCCCGUUCCUGACCACGUAUCCCCAUCCUCCCCCACCUCUUCUAUAGGAAGGACAUACAAAGUUUGUUGCAACUGGGAAUCCUCAUACAUACCCCGAAUCCGGAUGUAACGUUAGAUACUAACCUCCUCUUCCUACAGCUUUCCCUGUACCCCGUUUUCCACGUGAGGAAACUCGGAUGAUGCUAUAGCUUGAAGUACAGACGCAAUUUUUUGGGUGUUGCAAGGUCAGAUUUUUGGUUGUUUUUUUUUCUUGUUGGUUGGGGGGGGGUCUUAAUGAGGCAAAAUCUGCUUUUGACCCUCCAAGGGAUGUUAGGUGUCUGAAGAGCCCUUUUGUAAUUUAAAAGCAAGACACAUUUAAAGUUUAAAUAAAAGAAAUAAAACCAUCGACGUUGCACACUUUUUGCAAGUCUGCAUAUGUAAUCUACAUAAUGUCUCACCUAUUGAUAAAUAAUGAGAAAAAGGAAGCUGACAGACUGCAACAUGCUGUGUCCAUGUACACCUUGAGAAUUGUAGUAAUAGCUCCCGCGUUGGUCCUGUUGUAGUUUUCAAAGGGCUACACAAUACCCACUAACCCGCCACUGUUCUGGAUAUACCAAAAAAUUGUUUUUCUUUCAUCUAAUCUUUUAUUGUAGUCAAAUUAAAGUAUUUUUUCUUCUGAUUCUUAUAUUCUGUUCUGGUUUAUUUUCUCUUUGUGAUUACCAUUAUUUAGCUUUUUAGUUUUACUAUGUGUUUGAGAUAUCUCAAACUGUGUGGAAGCAUAUAGUAUUUUGGUUAUUCUGAAACAAUUUUAUUUUCACAUGCAUGUUAGCAGCCAUGUUUAACAUCUUAGUAGUAGUUCGUUAUGCACACCCGUAUCAAGGAACCGCCAGAGGUGGAUUUUCUGAACAGCAUUGGCAUUUUGUCUGGCUUUCGUCUUUAUCCCAUCUACUCCAGGCCUCCCAAAGAGCACAAUGCAGCGAGAUAUUUCCUGGCAGGUGGCCAUCUUAAGGAAAACGGCAAGGCUCCUCUACAUCCCCAUCAAGGUUUGAAUGUCUCAAACCAGAUCCUCAAACAGAAAACAGACAAAGCAUGUCAUACCAUGCAGAUGUGCCUUGGGUCAGUGUUAAACAUGUUUUGUUUUUUUGUUUUUUUGGUCCUGUGCUUUCCACUCUUCAUUAACCCAUUAAAAAUACUUGAUUGUCUGUCUUGAAUCGGUUGAAUCAGUUCUUACUGUUUUUAGAGUAGGGGAAAAGAUUCAUCAGCUUCGCCCAGCACAACACCUGUUCUUGUACUGUUAGGAUUGUUUCAUUUUUUUUUUAAUGUUAGUACUGUUUAUUAUUAUUCAAACUAUUAUUGCAUAAAAAUGAACAGUUCUCACAUUGUCAAACCUGUCGCAAUUAAUUGAAGCGCUCCUCAGUGGAGUCAUUUUUGAAUCUCAGGUUACAUUGAAGCAUUACAGAAUUCUCGCCAGAUAUGACAAGGGUCAUGGCUGAUGUUGCAAAGAAACAAUAAAGUGUAAUGACAAAAGUU